AUGGAAUCAGCGUCGUCCGCGUCCUUGAAAGGUUCGGCGCAGGUUGUCCAUGGUAGCAUGAAUUGGGAGCCUGUACGAAAGCGCCUUCUUGGGUCUGACCUCAGCGAUGCGCUCAAGGCAGCAUCUGAGUUGCGAGAAGGGAUUGAAAUUGUCCACACAACCGAGUUCCCGCUGAUGCUCUCGGCACUGCUGCCCGCUUUUUCCUCGAUAUUGGCUCAGAGAACUCGCCCUAGCCCAGAUGUAUCCUCCACUGAGAACAAGCUAAGAAGAACAGUUCUGGAAAUUAUCAGCCGAAUGCCCAGCAAUGAAGUCCUGAGACCACAUGCACCCCAUCUAGUGGCACUCUCCAUCAGCAUUCUCAACACAGACUACGAAGAAAAUGCGCUGCUGGCAUCACGCAUCAUUUUUGAUUUGUACAAGGUUUACCGAUCCUUGCCUCAAGAAUACGUCCAACCGUAUCUGGAUUUUGUCAUUUCUUCCUACAGGUCCCUGCCCAUGGCCAUUCAAAGAAACUUUGCCCUGCUACCACCUCCUGCCCCCGCUGCUGCCACGACCACAGAAGCUCAAUCUACCACAACCAGCAACGUCGACGAUGCAAAAACUAAUCCCCAGCAAAAUGCUGCCAAAUCUGGGACAGCCAAAACGGAGGCAACGCCCUCCGACAACAACAAUCCACAAGUGUCUUCUCCUGCAGCAGCAUCCACCACAAAGACAACCGAAGCAAAAAGCACUACUCCCGCUGCAGCAUCCACUCCAUCUGCCACGCCGGCUGCCGCCGACCCGGCAGGGACUGCCCAAGCAACACCAACUGCUUCGUUGGUGAAAUCUCCUGAAUCAGCAGUCACGUCCAGCCCCAUGAGUCGUCUCAGUGCCACACCUCCAAGACCUCGUUUGGCUCUUCGAGCCAAUCUGUCGUUUCGUUGUUUAUGUGAACACCCUCUGCUAGUCAUGCUCAAAUUUCAACUCUAUCCAAAUACUCUACCACGCAAUAUUCCAAUUCUUGUCCAAGUCAUGAUGCAAGCCCUCGAUCAAAGGCCACCCUCCAUGCAAUCCUUGGUGGUUCCCCCGAACACAACCAUAGACAGUGACAAUCGACGCCAUUACUUUGCAAAAGCACGUGAGCUUGUAGCUGCUCAGGCCAAGACAUUAUCCUUCCUCACGUACCUACUGAGAGGGUUUUCAAGAGAGCUCAAACCAUACGAAGAGCGACUUGCAGGCAACGUUGUGGCUCUCAUGGCCACCUGUCCCAAAGAAUCAAUCAGUACUCGGAAAGAACUGCUAGUUGCGACCCGACAUUUAUUGAAUAGCGACUUUCGAACAGGUUUCUUUGGCCACGUCGACAAGCUGCUGGACGAACGGGUUCUAAUUGGAUGCGGUAGCCAUCGAUAUUCGGGGCAAGCUAGUCUUAGGCCGCUGGCCUAUACGGCGCUUUCGGAUUUGAUACACCAUGUGAAAACACGCUUGAACAUGUCUCAAAUGUCGAAGGUUGUCUGCAUGUUUUCAAGGAUACUCCAUGAUUCCGCGACUCUCCCGCUUUCGACACAAUACACAGCUGUUAGAACUCUGUUGAGUGUCAUUGAAAUUGUGUUUCAAAACAAAGACCCCAAUCCGCAAAAGGGAAGGGACUUGCUGUUCAACAUCUUAAGUGCAUUAGUCCACAAGCUGGAGACGGUCAAGGAGUACUUGGAAUUGGUGAAGAAAAACGUGGAUGCGUCCUCCAACAAGCCCAAAAGCGACAGUAGCUAUGAACAGAUAGAUCUGGAUUGGACGACCCUGGGUCGGUCUUAUGCGCAGCUUGCGACGGACCACCGUGAAAGUUGUGUGGGGGAAAGAAGUGACGCCCGGGAUAGGAAUUCUUCUUAUGAUGGAAUCUCUGACGCGUCCAACUCUUGGCGGGAUCUCAGGAGUAUGAUUCGGGCAAUCGUGGUUGGUCACAAGACUGUGAUUUGGUACAUCAACAAUUAUCGUAGUCAACGCGAAAAGGAUAAGAGCACCAGAUCGAGGGCUGUUUCGUCGGCAGGAACCAACGAAGAAGUGGCGUCGGCAUUGCAAAAGAUGACAAACUCAGAAAGGGCGCUAAUAGACAAGUACAUUCUUUUGGCUAUUCCUUGCAUGCAGUUCUUGAAGGAUGGCUGGUCAUGCAGCGCUGACCAAAAGACGCAGUCCCUUGCAUCGCGGAAGCAGAGCUCUUCAUCUGACCAAUACCGAGACGUUCUUUCCUACUUUGCGGCUGCGUUUACCACUCUUGACGGAUACGACCUCAAGAGGACACUUGGUCGGCGGCUAGACGUGCUUGUCGAUGCCAUAAUUGAUGACCCAGCGAUGAUGGUGAUCCCCAGACACCUUCUGAGUUCAAACCCAACAACUAGUUACGAGUUUUGCGCUAUCUUGCUGAGGUAUUUGGUGGAUCGUAUGGAUGAAUUGUCUCUAAAAACUUCAAGAGAUAUUUGCUUCAUCGGCCCUCCCAGGGAACGCAACCUGAGAGAAGUCGAAACGUUGAAUCCACAAGUGGAAGAGGCUUUGAAACGUCCAACAGAAGACACUGGAAAAGUCGAAACAAAAGCAGGAACUUACUUGCAGCUCUUUGAGCGGGUGUUGAAAUCCUUGACUCUGUACUCUGAAAAUGAAGCUGCAGUUCGUCCACAUCUACGCGUCAUUGUUGCGACCUGCCUUCGGUCAUCGAUGGAAGAGUCAGACCACUGGCCAGACAGUUACUGCAUGCUGCUUCGUUACGUGUUCAGAUCGAUCUCUGCAGGAAAGUUCGAAGAAUCCUACAAAGAACUACUGCCGCUUAUCCCAGCGGCGCUGAAUGGUUUGUAUCGGGUAAUGAAUGCGACAAAAUGCCGCCUCAUCAGGAACACAUGUGUUGAGUUGUGUUUGACCAUUCCAGCUCGGUUAUCUUCACUUCUCCCCCACAUGAAUCUACUGCUCAGAAUCAUAGUCCAAGCCUUGUCUUCCAGAUCGGGUGACUUGGUCAAUCUUGGCCUCCGCACACUUGAGUUUUGGGUGGACAACCUCAACCCGGACUACCUUUAUCCCGAAAUGUCAAGGCAAACCUCUUUGUUCACGCAACUGAUGACGGCACUCACUUAUCACCUCAAGCCUGCGCCGUACCCCUAUGGGCUCUUGACACUCAGGCUCCUCGGAAAGCUGGGGGGCAAGAACCGUCGGUUUCUCAGAGAAUCCAUGGAUAUCUGUACAGCCGACAAUAUUGAAGAAGUGUGGCGUCCAGCGCUGUCAGUCGAGUGUGCUUGGCCGACUGCUUCUGCUGUCGAAGAGAAAGUAUCCUCAAAUCAAGAGCAAGAUGAGGGCAAGGGCAGCCAUUUUGAGCUUCCUCUUCCAUUGAAUCAUUGCCUGGCAAUGUUGAAACGGUUUGCAGCAAUGGAAGGUGCAACCAAAGCAAACAAGCCACCACAAGAUGCUUCUUCAACCGAGAGUGCCGAGGCUAGUGGAGACGGUAUGUCUCUGGCAGACCCUACCAAACUGUGGGACAUAAACGUCGAAGAUGUUGAUUUUGACUCCUACUUCUCUAAUUUCACCGAGCAAACGAAGCAAGUACAAGCGAAGGCUUGCCUGUCAGUAAUCUUAACGGCGCUUGCAAACAUCCUCGAGGUUAGCGAUGAAGGGGGGUGCUCCUUUAAGUUUCUAGACGAUUCUGACUUUGACCCUAUGGCGACCGACGAAGAUGAAUGUGAUGAGGCAGUCUCCGACCACCGCCCAAGCUCAAAUGAUCACAUUGCUCAAGCGCGGAAUCAAGAGUUGCAAUGCAUCACCCUUUGUGUGCUGUACAGCUGUAUCGUUCCUGACAUGGGAAGUGAACCCGAUGUUCACCUCAAAGGGUUCGCUUCCCACGUGUUUUAUGUUGUUCUUAGCUAUCACCGCUGCUUUCAGAGAAUCGACGCUCAUGGAACGAAAAUGGAUGAUGAUUUCGGUUCGAAGAAUACGGCCGAAACUCAUGAUGAGACUGGGGACAAAAGUGCGGAAGAAGAGAGGCAUGGAUCCCUCACUCCGUUUGGGUACUUCCUUACUGUUGGGCGGCUCUGUGGGACGGUUAAUCCGUUAACCUUCAACAAAGCGCUCAGCGAAUUUCUGGCGUUGGAUUCGCUGCGAUCAAGUGAAGUUGGCUUAGAGGUCGUGAGGCAUCUCCUGAUGUUGGCAAAAGAAACGAAGACAGACACCUCUACAACGGUUGGAGACUCGACAAAACCAUCCCCCGACUCGGUCGAACCUCUUUUCCAGCGUGGCACCCUUGUCUUUUUCGAGAAUCUGUUGAGUCAUCUCUGUGAGGUUUGCUUUUCUCACUCUUGGCACCGCCACGAAGGUGUGCAUGAUGCAAUCUGCAUGAUUUUGGAGGUGCUCGGGAGUUUCUGGGGUCUCAAGUACGAACAAGAGAUCAUGAUGGUUGCCUUCUUUGUUCUCAAGAAUGUUCCACGGGAACUGUCAACAACAUCAAUCAAGGCGUUUCGAUUCUUUGUGAAGCUGUCUUGUCGCCUCUAUGGCCGGCCAAAUGGGAUGAACACAGAAAACGGUUUAGUCUGGGACGCUCUUGCUGUGACGUCUGGCAAGGAGUCGGCACCUCCAAAGGAAAGCGCUGACACGGCUCGAGUCAACCAGAAGAUGCAAAAUCUGUCCCCCUCAGUUCUUCAGAUGGCCCUAUCUGAACUGGCGUCACCAAAGCAGAUUGUGCGGGCCGCGGCGAGGUUCUUGCUGAAGCACUUUAUCCCGGCUGAACCAAGUGACUCAAAAGCAAGCAUCUUUACGAAGCACCUUUCGUUGAUAAGAAGAGUGAUAUUUUCACGGUCUCUUCGGCUUCUUCCCCUACAAGAGCAGGUUUCGUCGGUAGAAGCCUUGGCCUUUAUCGUCAAUCAAGCUAGCUCCACUCUCCCACUCACUGAUUCACACCAACUCGCGUUCCUCUCCGAGCUGUUGAAAAUGUCUUCCGUUGCUGACGGCGAAAUGUCGGAUGCUGCUUUAAGCUACGUUGUUGACAAGAACGGAAAGGCUUCGAGUGGGAAGAAGUCGACCCAAGGCAACCAAAGACAGGAAAAGUCCCCUUCUCACGCGUCUGCCAUCUUCCGUCGCAGAGAGUGUCUCCUGAAGGUUGAAGGAGUCACAUUUGUUAUCCCCGAAGAGCUCCCUGAUGGCGUCCAGCUCCGUGUAUCAUCCAUCUCAUUGUUGCGGUCGGUGAUUAAGGGGCAGCCCCAAAAGUUUUUCGAGUCUCAGUCCCAAACGCCAAUAGGAAAUAUUCGGCCCCACGUUGUCUCGCUUCUGUUCCGCUCGCUGGUUUCAAACCCUGUCCCAGCGGUGGUGGCUGCACACGAAGCUUUGCAUGAAACCUUGACUCUCAGUGCCACGGAGGGUCAAGGUCAAAAGUCCAGAUUGCCGAAGGAGCUUCUUCAGACAUGCAUUCGUCCAGUUCUUCUCAACCUCCGAGAACAUACAAAGCUCUCUGUCCCAUUGCUACGAGGGCUUUCCAGACUCCUUUCGUUGCUUUCUUCUUGGUUCAACAAGACUUUGGGCGAGAAGCUUUUGGAUCAUCUCCAGAAAUGGACCGACCCUUCCUCCAUCAAAUCUCAAAAGAUUUGGACUCCAGGCCAAGAGCCUUGUGUUGCUGCUGCCAUUAUUGAUCUGUUCUCACUCCUGCCACACGCUUCACAGUUUGUGGAGCCACUUGUGAAAACGACAAUCAAACUGGAAGCUUACUUACCAGGAUUCAACGGCCACUUUGUUUCCUCCCCAUACAGACGGCCACUUGCUCGUUACUUGAACAAGCACUGUCAGUAUACCGUGGGAUUCUUCUUUCAACGCUUGAAGGCACCAAUCUACAGCGAACUGUUCCAGCACAUUGUCAGGCUGGACGAAUGCGUCGCACUGCGAUCAUACCUUAGUGGGCGACAGUGUUCUGUAAUGAUGCUCAACUUAGCAAUGGAGCGACCUCUCGCCAUAAUUCGAUCCGAGAAGGCUCCAACUACACCCAGCACAGCAUUGUCAGCAGCGGCAUCGUCGCCAAAACCCGGAUCGAGCACUGUCGAGUUGUUUCAGUUGCAUGGCAUUCAAACUGAGUCCGCUCCUCCAGUUCACCCUGAAUCAAUUCUGAAACAGGAUCUCGAAGUAAAGAAAAAGAAAUUGCAGGCACUGCAGCAAGCAUUCUCUAGAGCAAAAGAAAGUGCACAAAAAGAUCCAAAACAGUAUAAUGCUGCAAAAGCCGCACUGGAUAAGGGAACACGAGACCUCACUGAGGCCAAGCAACGAUUUGCCGCCGAGUUUGGAAAACCAGGGAGCAAAAACGAGUCGGGGUCAGCCUCAUCGACCCUGCGUCCCAUGAACACAGAGAGUCUUGAGCUGCAACAUCAAGGCUUCUCAUUGAUUGGAACUCUUAUUUCGAACGACAGCAAGUAUCUCCAAGAGCACAACGACGUGGUUCGGGCUUUGCGGUGGUUGUGGCGAUCAAAGGGGCGCUAUCUUAGACUCCUCCAUGAAGAGAAUGUGUCUCCGCGAUACCACGAGGAAUCAUCAAUUCUUGUCACAUUCCUGAUGAAAUACGCCCAGUCCUUUCCAAACGAUGUGGACGUCUUGUUUGAGCUAAUUCGAAUCUUCCUCCAACCAUCGACACGGGAUUUUUCGCUGGUCCGCUUCUUUCUCUGUGACACGGUACGAAACUUACAGCUUGCCCAAAAGAAGCAAUUGGUCCAACGCUUUUUUACCCUGUUGGCCGGUGAAUCCACUGAGGAAACGAAAGCUUUCUCGAUUCAGUUGCUAUUGCUACCACUUCUAUCGCCUACUGAUGACGUGCCAGGAGCCAAGCCCACUAAAGACGACCCACCAGAAGAGAAGGAUAAAAUGCAGAUUGACCAGGUGGCAGCAGACACGCAGGCAUUGGUUGAUGCGGGUAUGAUUCAGAAGUUCACAAAAGAAGUUUUGUUUGACAAGGGCCGACCAACGAACUGUGGGGCAGCCUUGGCAGUGGAGCUACUAAGAGUGACCAACUCCAUGUUGACCAUUGCUCCACAACAGAUGAAAGAGUAUCAAAAGGACGUCAUUCGGUUCUGCUGGACUUUCAUCAAAAGCGAGGAUGCUAUCUGCAAGGCCUGGGGAUACAUUGUUGUUGCUCAUCUGAUAUCUCUGUUUGAGACGAAACCAAGUGUAAUUCUCCAAGUGUAUACUGCCCUGCUUCGUUUGCACCAACAAGAGGGCAAGAACUUGGUACGAAAAGCAUUGGGGCUGUUGGUUCCGGCCUUGAAGAAGAGGUUGUCCAAAGAAGACUUCAAGAAGAGCAUUGAAUGUACAAGCAGAAUAACGUUUGAAGACGGCAGUGUCCCGCAGUUGGCACACAUUUGGCACACGAUUGUAGAAAAUGCAGAUGUAUUUGCAGCAGAAAGGGCGACUUUUUUCCGGUACAUGGUCAACUCAUUGAACCGGUUGGGUCUUCCACCCAACUCAUUGCCAGAGAAUAGAGCACUGGCGGUUUCGAUAGUGGACCUGUUGCUUCAGUGGGAUGAAUGGGGAGAACAAUCUGAUUCUGAUCAGAAAGGGACGGGGAGGGGAAGAAAGAGAAAGUUUGCCACGACUCUCUUGGACAAGAGUAUGAUCGAAACAAUCGGCAAUUUCCUCUUGCGGCUCAAGAUUCUUUGUGCAGACCCAAAGGUGGAUGCUGGGGUCCUAAACUUGGACGUACGAACAAUGAAGACCUUUCGUGCGGUACUAAAAAAUUGGGAGAACUGCUUGAUUCGGCCUAUCUAUUUUGAGAAGGUGGUGAACUUGUGCAAAGAAGAAAUGGCGCUGGAGAUAUCAAAUCUGAAGGAGCUUGAGCACGGAGCUGGAAAGGCCAAGUCACCUCGGAGUGUGUCGAUGAAGGCAACACUAUCAACAGCUGAAGGAAAGAAAAAUGAUUCCAAGCUGGUGACUACAGAGAUGUUGUUGGCCUGCCUGGACAUUUUCACGGCUUUAAUGGAGGAAGCGCCCCAAAACAAGUUUCUGGUAGAGAACGGGAGUCUGCUGAAAACAAUUCUUGGAUCAUGUUUCCGACAUGCCUGUUUGAGCGAGGGCUAUCAGUUACACUCCAAGCUGCGAAACUUCACGGUGGGCUUGUACCGAUCCAGUUUGACUCAUAUCGAAAUCUGCACAGAAUUGGUGCCUUUUGUGAACUCGUUGCUCGAAGGCCUGAUAGCAAGACCCGAUGAGUUUAGUUGCAGUUCAUCUGUAAGUGAACAGAGUCGACCUUCUGGGUCUCGGGGCAAAGAAAAGGUGCCGGCGGAGGCCAGUGAUGCGCGCGAUAGUGAGUCACAGCCGAUUCAGUUUGCCCUAACGAUCAUCGAGGAGAUCUGCCAAAUUCGAAAGGACUGCUUUGCUGUUUUCACGGGAGCUCUUCUCUCGCUUGGAUCUCGUCUGUUGAGGAAGCACCUUGCCAGUAUAUCCGCAAAAAAGCGUCAAGGAGCUGGGCAUGCGCAUCAAGCAGGGACUUCGGCGAUCCCUCAUAUGCAUCCCACUCCCACGGAAGGUAUAUUGGACAGUAUCGAGAUAGAGGAUCCAAGCCCCAACAUUCCUGGUAUCGUGGCAAGGCCCAUCACGUCGAAGCAAGGUUUUGCGAACUCAACAUCGCCUCUCAAAGGCUUGGUGACUGUGGUACGCCUGUUCGAGUCAAGCAAUGUGCCCUUCAGUUUAUCGGAGAAUCGAAGAAUGCUGUUUCACAUGCUCAGUAGCAUUCUCGACAACAGUGACGAUGUACGGCUCUUGAUGGCUGCUGUAAAGGUUGUUGGGGACGCGCAACCACUGGCUGAAUUGAUUGCGCACUUUGUCAUAAAGAGUCUACGAAUGGGAAGAGCUCUUGCCAAGUCUGAAGCUGAUGCGGAUGAUCCGUACAGCGAAGAGUCAAUGAUUCGGCGAGCACUUACAGCUUGUCUCUUGACCCCCAAUCGCAAACUCCGCGGUGAACUCUUGUCUCUGCACGCUGCCCAGGCGUCGGGUACGGAAUCCUCUCGAAGUGUCCAAGACAUUCUCUGGCAUCUGCUUCACAGCGACUAUGAAGGCAUCUCAAAUCGCUGCUGGAUUGUCAUUUUUGUGGAAGUUUUGUUGAAGUCAUGCACGACAAUAGGGAGGAAAGGAGAGAGUUCCGAACCAUGGCUGCCGACACCGAAAUGGGACACUUCGUCUGGAGCUGGGAAGGAACUUGCACGGGAAGCUUUGUCCUCGUUUUAUGAUGUUGUUGCGAAAUUGCAAACCACCUCAAAUGCUGUCAUACCGUCGCUGCAAGUGCUUGCCCAUGGGAACACAACCUUGUGCAGCGAUCUCUUCGGCAUACUUCUCCCUGCUGCAUGGGAUGCGCUUCCUAGUGACGGCAUGCGACUUGCCUUUGCACCUGCUCUCGAAAAGUUACUUGCCAAGCCCUUCCAUUCACAAUGUAUGAGACUGAGUAGGGGCAGCCCAAAUGAACAGGCACCAAGUAAUGUUGUUCAACUCCUUCUUGCCGCAGUCGCGAAUCUACGGCCCAGACCAAUGCUGGAUGCGCAUCUGCUGGUCUAUCUGGCGAGCAAUUACAAUUGUUGGUAUCAAGUGCUUGAGCUCCUUGAGCAGCAGUACACCAUCCUCAAAGCCAACAAUGCUGACAUGGGCUCUGGGAAGCCAGCACCUGAAACGCUAUCGGCAAUGUUCCAAUGUUGCCGAAACUUGGGCGACUGGGAGCUCUGGAUGUCUCUUGCCGAUGCGUCGUGUAAAUUACAGGCCUCAAAAAGGGCUAUCUCAUUGGAGCAAAAGGGGGCAUUCGCUGCUUCAGAAGCCUACAGCAAGCUAGUGCAUGGCUACCAAGCAGACGAGCCUCAAGCUCAAAAUCCCAGCGACUUUGAACUAUCAAUGUGGGAGGAGCGCUGGAUCGAACUCCAGCAAGAACUCUGCCAGCGAGGCGUGGUUGCAACCUAUGCCAAGCUGUCUGAGAAUCCACGUUUACAGCUAGAGUCAGCUUGGAAGGCUCAACAAUGGGAUAAAGUCAGAGAGCAGGUGGCAUCGCCAGCUUUAAUCACCGCAAUGGAAGCAGGAGAUCCUAUGGUGAAGAUAUGUGAUGCUCUGCUCUCCGUAGCCAACGGGAAACAUAGCGAGGUCGAAAACAGUCAUGCACAGGCAGCUCAGUUGUGCCUCUACAGGUGGCAGCAGCUACCGAAAAUAUCCCGGGCUAGCUCUUCUCAUUCUGCUUUGCUCCACCAGUUUCAUCGACUUGUGGAGAUACGAGAAUCGGGUCAAAUGAUGGUAGAAACGAGCAACCACUCCUCUGGGAGGACAUUGCCGGAUUUGAAAAACCUCUUGAAUGCAUGGAGGCAUCGCUUGCCAAACGAUUGCGACAAGCUGACCAUGUGGGACGAUGUGUUCACAUGGCGAUCACAUAUGUUCAAUGCGGUGACUCGCAACUUUCACUGGAGCGAACCAAAUACGCUAGCGACGCUACACGACAAACCUUGGACCGCUAUCCGAAUUGCCAAGACAGGCAGAAAGCAAGGAGAGCGAACUGUGGCUCUGCAGUUUUUGAAUAAGUUGACUGGCAAUCGCUCGAUGGACGUAAACGAUGCUUUUCACAAGCUACGCGAACAGAUCCUGAUCUAUGAUAGUGCUGAAUCUGAUUUAGAAAGAACGGGAGGAUUGAAUCUCAUCAACACCACCAACCUUUCGUUCUUUGAUGCAAAGCAAAAGAGCGAACUGUUCCGAUUGAAGGCCGUUUUCCUAGCUUCUCUGGGUUUGAGGUCAAAAUCCAACCAGGCUUUCUGUCAUUCUGUACAAGUAUGUCCAUCUCAUGCCCGUGCAUGGGUCAGCUGGGGAGGGUUGUGCAGCCAUCUGGGCGCACUAACAGAGAAGCAGAUGGAACAGACCGCCGCCAAAAGCGGGUCAGAGCCAAGCAAGGAAACGAGGGCCAACACGGCAAAGAAGGUUGCCCAGUAUCUUGCUCAAAGCAUGGGCUGCUAUUUCGAAGCCAUCCAACUCACCACCGAAGACUGGGCUAGGAUUCAUUUGCCAAAGUGUUUACUUAUGCUGGUGAAAGAUGGCGCAUCACCAGGGGUUCUUUGCCAAACCCUCGAGAACAGAGGGGGGGAGCUGCCUCCGUGGGUUUGGUUAGCGUGGACGCCAUAUUUGCUAUCUUGUCUCUGCCGCAACGAGCGACGCGCAGCAAAGGCCAUUCUUGUUCAGCUUGUGAAACUGUAUCCUCAGGCCGUUUACUACGCUCUGAGGUCCUUCUACUUGGAACGUCGUGACGUUGAGAGAUCUAAGGGAGCCCCGCCCACCCCUGGUGGGCACAUGGGGUCGGUUUCAUACGCAGAAGACAUGAUGUCGACUCUGAGACGGUCUCAUGCUUCCUUGUGGAGCUCACUUGAAUCGAUCCUGGAGGAGCUCAUCGUCAAGUUCCGACCAUCUUACGAAGAAGAGCUUCUUUCAACGAUCACUGCUUUGAUCGAGCGAGCAGACUCUCAAGAUGCGACAAAAGGCGAUGAUGCGGACACCAUGCUUGCUUCAGUGGCCAAGACGGUAGGUAGAAUUGCUGUCAAAUUCUUUCGGCCCACCUCAGAUGGUGGCUCUAGCAGGAACGACGAGAGAGCAAGGAAGACCGCCGAGUUCAAAGUCAGGUACAAAUCCAAAUUCGAAACGGACUUCAAGGUUUCUUCCGAGAAAGAACAGCCGGAAAAGGGGCCACAGCUGAGUCUCGAAGAGUAUUUGACCAUUCUGAAGGGAUGGAGGAGGAGGCUGGAGGGACAAGUUGCUUUGACACCAGUGGAGCUUCCUCUGUUGGAAUCUUCUCGCUCACUCUCCUUGUUUGCCGCGGACGCACCCGAUCUAUGGGCAGGUGCGUGUGACACCACGACUAGCAGCGCCAAGUACAAUGGGCGCCCGCGAAGUCAGUUUGAAACCGAGGGAAGGUCGAAUCAGUCAACCACAUCCUCUUCCGAAGCAGCGGCCAGGAAAGCGGCGACAAAUGCUGCGAAUGCCGUGAUUGCUGCCGCCGCACAAGAAGGUGUCGGUGGGCACUAUGGUGGAGGCUCCUCCAUUGUGGAAAUACCAGGAAUGUAUCCACCAAAUUGUACCUCAACGUCAGACUUGAAGCCGUGUCCUGAGCUACACGCCAAACUUGUGAGCUUCGGGCCAACUAUUAGUGUUCUCCGGCGAGAGCAUCUUGUUCGAAGAGUCAGCCUUUUGGGCAGUGAUGGGUCGACCUAUCACUUCCUCCUGCAGUUUGCAAUUCCCUACUGGACAAGAACAGACGAACGAGUGGCCCAGACGCACUUUGUUCUAGACAAAUUUUUGCGCAAGAAUUGGCGCAGUUUACGGAGGGACCUUUCCCUGGAGCCAACGGCUGUGAUCCCGGUUGCUCAGCGUUUGCGGAUGACAGCCGAUUCCAGCUCACGAAUUUCACUCGACGAAAUUUACAAGCGAAAAUGUCUGGCUGAUGGAGAAGAUCCUAAUGCCGUUGUCAACUUCUUCAAUACUGAACUGGCAAAGGCACAGAGUAGAAAGCAGGAGGAGCAAGAGAACCAACAGACAGUUUCGGCGGACGCUCUACGAGUUGAAGUGCUCAAAAAAGCAUGUGAGAGAACGGAGGAUCAAAUCAUGCUCCAGUACAUGUCUGCAUCCUUGGGCAACCCUGAGGCCGUCUUUAAUUUUCGAAGGUCAUUUGCGGACCAGUUUGCAGCCAACUCACUCUUACAGUAUGUUUUCGCUGUCGUGGAGCGCAAUCCUUCACGUGUUGUCUUCUCGCAAACUAAUGGCAGGGUUCAAAGUCCAGAUUUUCGCGUCUCCUAUAACAACCAAGGUUUCAUUGAGAGCAGAACUAUUCCCUUUCGAAUGACACCAAAUCUCCGUACAUCUCUGGGCUUGCCGUUCUUGAGUGGUCGAUUUGUUACAUCAAUGGCAACAGUUGCAGAGGCAGCGAGAUCGUCCAAGGACGAGCUUGAUCCAAUCUGGCGUCUCCUGAUGCGGGACGAUAUAGUUGCCUGGUACUGCAAGUCCAUGGCCAAGAGUGAUUCUAAGCUUCAGGAGCUAGAGAAGCAGCUGGCCGACAGGGUAUCAAAAAACGUUUAUUAUAUGCAAAUGCGGUUUGCUGAGUGUUCCCUGCGUGAGAGUGGCAGCAAAUCUAGUACCAAGGCAGCAAACACGGCCAAGGAUCCCAUCGACCAGAAAGUGAGAGACCUCAUUGAAAUUGCUUCGAGGCCUGACAAGCUAGCCACCAUGCCAACCAGCUAUCAGGCAUGGCUGUGA